CUCCGGAGGGCGUGGAUUGGUUUUGCAUCAUGAGAUAAAUAAGUGCGCUUCCAUGUUCGUUCUUGAUAGAAUCAUGGCGUUCCGCGCUACAGAUAGAUGACAGGUUGCAGGAACCUGUCGCAGCUGUUGAAGGAUGAGUGUCCCCGCUAGAAAAGGAAGAAAGAAGAAAAACACAUUUGGUGCAACGUCGCCCCCCUUCAUAGACUACUUGAAAGACAUCCUUAGGAGAUAUCCAGAUGGAGGACAAAUACUGAAGGAGCUGAUACAGAAUGCAGACGAUGCUGGAGCUUCUGAGGUGGUGUUCAUUCACGACGAGAGGACCUAUGGCAGAGACAGCCUGUGGAGUGAAGACCUUGACAAAUAUCAAGGUCCUGCCCUCUAUGCCUUCAAUAAUGCUGUGUUCACUGAAGAAGACUGGCAUGGCAUUCAGGCCACAGGAAGAAGCGUCAAGCGCAAUGAUCCAAACAGAGUGGGGAGGUUUGGAAUUGGCUUCAAUUCUGUCUACCACAUUACAGAUGUGCCAUCUAUAUUCAGUUCCAAAUACCUUGGGAUGUUGGACCCACAGGAGAAGAUCUUUGGCGAUCGAGAGGGAGGUUUCAGAUGGUCUCUGGAUGACGAUGAUGAAAGAAAUGUGCUUUUGACCUUGAAGGACCAGUUUCAGCCACUUCGAGACAUUGUUCAACAAGUCAGUAGGACAACCUGGGAGAAGGCCAUAAACGAAGAUCAGUGCUUCGAAGGCACUCUCUUUCGAUUUCCAUUGCGCAGUGAAUCAUCUGAAAUUUCUGACAACUUGUAUAAUUCAAGCAAAGUUGUUGAGCUUUUCGACAGUUUCAUCGCAGAUGCAGACAUUAGCCUUCUCUUUCUGAGACACGUAUCCAAUGUCUCCUUGAUGCACAUUGACUCCUCUGGCUCUGCAGUCACAAGACUUACAGUAUCCGUGUCUAGCAUCACAGCGUGCUCAGAUUCAGAUAGCACAGGCAACCAUGUAGGGGGCACAACUGUAUUUAAAACCAUUUCUGCUGAUUCACCCAGUGAGGGAGAGAAAAAGACCAAGUGGCUUGUAACAUCAUACUGCUUGACGAAGGGAAAGGUGGCGAAGAUUGACUCACUUGCUGAAAAGCUGUGUUACAGUCCCCAGGUUGAUUUGGCCUUUCCUUGUGACCGAGAAAAGUUUUUUUCUGAUGGAAGACUGAGUUGUUUCCUUCCACUUCCCAACAAUGAGUCCAACAGAACAGGGCUCCCAGUCCAUAUCAAUGCCUGCUUUGGACUGACAGACAAUCGGCGCCAGAUCAAAUGGCAAGAUGAGGACCAGAAAAACGAUGAAGCCGCUCAGUGGAACGAGAUUUUGAUGACCGAUGUCCUUCCCCUCAGCUACCUAAAGAUGAUCCUCGAUGCUAUUCAGUGUUGCAGAAACUCCAUCCUCUCCGCAACAUCAGUCUACAACAUGUGGCCCAACAUUAUCCAUAUGCAACACAAGGAAAAAUGGCAUGAAAUAGCAAAGGAUGUUCUGAAACGCCUACUGAUUGACCAGCCCGUGUUCUCCCUUGCCAAAGAUGAGAUGAUUUGGGUGACCCCAUCAGAAGCCGUGUUUCCAGCUGAUGACAUUGACGAUCCAGCCUUGACGUCGGCUCUGGCCAGAGUUCUGAUGACAGAAGGUGAAAAUCUCGUCGACAUCCCGCAGCAUGUGAUUGAUGACGUCAGAGAAGUUUUUCCUCAGCCAUACACUCUUCAGUGGAUUACCCCACAGUUUGCCAGAGAUGUUCUUCACAGAUGCAUGAUGGAGGAAGUCUCGCGCCAUGACAAGCUUUCUCUUCUUGACUAUGUGCUAAGUGAUGGAAAAUAUGAGGAGCUUGAGGGUCUUCAGCUCUUACCACUUACCAGUGGCAUCUUCAAAACCUUCUCAGAUUGGGACGACUGCACUGCUUUGAUUGACAACGAAGAAUUUCCAAGAGAGUUGCUGCCAUUUUGUGAAGACACAUUUGUAUCCCAGGAACUAAGCACCAGCAGCCUUGACCAUCUUAGAAAUUUGGCCACAAAAGGAAUCUUCAAAAUCAUCAACCUGGACAGGCAAAAUGUAGCUGAUUUGACAAGGCAACAUUUACCACUUGACUGGAAAAUCGACCGAGGCUAUGUAACAUGGGACCUUGACAAUCCUAAACAUCCUCGAAGAGGUUGGUUGGUUGCAUUUUGGAAAUAUCUGAAUAGCCACUGGGAUGACUUGAGCCACUUUGUUGGCAUGCCAAUUGUAGCUGUCGAGCCAUUUGGGAUUGAUUCCAGAUCCUUGCUUUUGGCAAAGCUAGAGGAGAAUUCUACUUUGGUGUUUCAGCACAGUAAACACAGUAGCCUGUCUGACCAAGUUCAGAACGUGGUUAGGAAUGUAGGUGGAACGGUCAUAGAAAGGGAUGAAUGUCUCAAACACAAUGACAUUGAGACAUUUGUUUUUCCACCAUCACCAAAAAACCUGCUGAAAGUCUUCCUAAAUAUAAGCAGUGAUCGGGUUAUCAAUGGAAUCCACUCUACUCCAUGUAAAGAAAAAGAGGAACUGAAGUCUGUCCUUUCCUCCCUGGAUUCUCUUUCAAGUAAAGAGCAAAACAUAGUCUCUCAGAUGCCCUUGUUCCAGUUGAUGAGUGGAGAGUAUGUAUGUGUUCAAGGAAAGCUGGCAGUAGUUCUGAACUCCUUACCAACCAUUCCAUCUGACCUACCCAUUCUCAACUCUGUGAUUCAGUGUGCUACUGAAGCAGACCGCAGACUUUUGACCAUGCUCAAGGUUAAACUUUUGGAUACUGCACACCUGGCCCUUCAUUUGGUGAGCUGUAUUGAGACAGGGUCUUUUAGUCCAGUGAAUGAAAAGAAAACAAUGUUGUGGAUAUUGCAACAUGGUGCCACCCUUUUCUCACAGAAUGUGAUGUUGUACAAGAAAUGUAAAGACCUGAAGUUUGUUGAAAGAGAGGGACCUGGCCAAAACGACAAAGCUUCAAGUAUGUUUGAUCCCAGCAACGAAACCUUCAAGAAAAUCUUUGAGACAAAGUUCUUUCCCUCAUCUGACUACACAAUGACCCAACAAAUUCUCCAGAGUUUAAAACAACUUGGACUGAAGUCAAAUGAGAAGGACAUCUCACCAAGCCAUGUGCUUGAUGUCGCUGAAACCAUUGAAAAGACUCAAACUAGUGCAACAGCAUGGGACAAAGCAGAUGCCUUUCUCAGAGUGCUGAAUGACCAUGAUCUCAUCUCGAAUUUCUCUCCUUGUCAGCUGAAACACCUGCAGAACACACUGUGGUUUCCAUGUGAGAAACCAAGUAUUUCAACCAAAGACCUGAAUGCCAAAGACAGAAAAAGAGCAUUCUACAAGCCAUGUGACAUCAGGCAUGCACGCUAUCACACUGUUAUUGGGUAUGUCAUGCCAGUUAUUGCUGAGCUGAAUGAGAAAGUAUGCACACAACUUGGUCUACUGAACCCACCACCUGCUGAGAAGGUCAUGGAGAAUUUAUCAGUGCUGAAGGACAUGUCACAAACCAUACAUGACCUUGAGAAAGAUGUCCAGUUUAAGACAACUCUCCUUGAGUCAUACAAGUUCAUGCAAGACCAUGUUGGGCUGUUCAGUGAAUUGAUUAAAAAACGUUCUUUUCCUUGUCUUUGGAUUGACAAUCAUUUUGUAUCACCAAGUGAUGUUAUUUUGGCCUAUCCCUCUGAAUUAGACCUGACCUCAUAUAUUGAGAAAGUUCCAGACGAAUAUUUGCCAUUUGAAAAGUUAUGGACAGAACUUGGAGUGAAAUCGACACUUUCAGCAGACGAGAUUGAGAACAUUCUUCAUGAUAUCAAAGACGGGAUUGAUCAAAGAAAUCCACCCUUUGGUACUCUCUCUGAGUUGAAAGUGUCUGUUAAUAUUCUGAACUGGAUGCGCAAGAUGAAGAAACCUGCUAAGGAUGAUACUCCAAUACCAGUUCAAGCUGAAAACCAAAUGUUCACAUUGCAGCCUGCCUCCACAACUGUGUUCUGUGAUAUUAGCAAAGAAGGAUUGCUAGACCUGAAGGAAGACCAUGAGGAUUUUCAUGUCCUCCAUGAGGAGAUACUCCCUGUGACUGCAGACUGGCUGAACAUUCCACUUCUCAGCACUCGCAUUCUAAAACCAGAGUUCAUUGGAAUAGAGCAGUGUGGGCAGAGGGAACCUAUAACUCAAAGAAUCAAAAACAUUCUGAGAGAGUAUGAUGAGGAUGGUGACUUAUUCAAAGAGCUCCUACAAAAUGCAGAGGAUGCUGGUGCAAAAACAUGCAAAUUCAUGGUUGACUUCAGGAAGCACACAGAGCCUGCAGAUAGUCUCAUUGACCGUGGAAUGUCCCAAUGUAGUGGUCCGUGUCUGUGGGCAUUCAACGAUGAAUUGUUUUCAGAUGAAGACUGGGAAAAUAUCACAAAGGUGGGAUCAGCUUCAAAAGAAACAAAAGUGGAGAAAAUCGGAAAAUUUGGAAUAGGAUUCAAUGCUGUAUAUCAUGUGACUGAUGUUCCUUUUGUUUUGAGUGGGAAGAAGUUGCUAAUCUUUGAUCCAAAUGUGACACAUCUGAAGAAGUUUAUAAAAAACACAGGAAAUCCAGGAAUCAAACUUGACUUGUUCCAUGAACGAAUUUUCAGAAGGUUUCCUGGACAGUUCAGAUCAUUUGAAGGCAUUUUUGAAUGUGAUUUCUCUGAGAAAAGCACUCAAAAAUUCUAUAAAGGGACAUUAAUGAAGUUGCCCUUUCGCACUCCUGAGGAAUCCAAUGUCUCAGAAAUUAGCACAAAAAUGUAUGAUACCGAUCGGAUCAUUGAGUUAAAAAAAGACUUCAAUGAGAAAGCAGACACUCAUCUCCUUUUCCUCAGAAAUGUUGAGAAGCUCUCUCUCCAGACUUUGCCAGAAAAUACUACCACACCACCAAAAAAAGACCAAACACAAACUCUAGUUCAGAUUACUAGGAAAGUUCUGGAAACAAUUGAAAUUAAGGAUGGAAUAUCUAAGGAUAUGCAAAGACGCUGCAUGAAAUCCUUGAUGCGUCACUAUCCCAAGUGUGCUGAUGUAAUUGAUGGAUCCAAAGGAACUAUUACUGAAAUAAUGCAGAGCAACAUUCAUGGAAGUGAUUGCAAGCACUGGUUGCUCUUCUCUUGUUUUGGCGUCAACAGUUCACUUAAAAUGGCACUUGAGAAAAAUGAGCUAAAUGUUGUCUCCCUACCCAUUGGGGGAGUAGCUGUCCCUCUGGUAAAAGACCAUUCAGCAAAAUGGGCUACAAACAAAAGCGGCUUGCUUGGACAAGCAUUCAGCUUCCUGCCCAUGUCACUCCAAACAGGUCUUCCUGUAAAUAUCAAUGGCUCUUUUGCGGUGAUGUCGAAUCGAAAAUGUCUAUGGGAGACCGGACCCAAAGCAGAAUGGAACAAGGCUUUGCUAAAGGAUGCUGUAACAAGUGCCUACAUUUCUGCACUUCUUGUCUUGAAGAAAUUGUCAGAAGAUGGAAGUCUUUCAAAUUAUCUGUACUACAAAUUCUGGCCAAACAAAGAAGAAGUAGGCACUGCAUUUCAACCUCUGGUUGAUUCAUUCUACUCUGCAAUUGCAGAGGGAUUUUGCAAUGGUGACCUUGAGCUUUUCAGUGAUGGUAAGAAUUGGUGCUCACUGGACAAUGCAAAGUUUCUGGACCCCGUUAUUGCACAGCACAAGGAAGUUGGACCACUUGCAGAGAAAAUGUUUCAAAGUAGUCAACAUCCUGGAACAUGUGCUGUCUCACUUCCUUCGUGGGUAAGAAAAAGCUUGAUAAAAAGUGGCUUUGAAGACAUUGUCAAGAUGAGAACACUGACCUGGGCAGAUUUCUUUCAAGAAGUGGUAUUGAAAAAUUUGCAUUCAUUGGAAUGCCAUGACAGGAAUUCUAUCAUUCUCAGUGCCAUCGACCUCUGUGAUGAUGAUGUUGAUGAGCUACUCAAAGGGCAUUGCUGCAUUCCCUCAAAAAGUGGUGAACUGUUGUACAUCAAGAAAGCAGUAAAUCCUUCAGGAAAAGUGGCUUGUCUGUAUGAUGAUGAUGAGGGAAGAUUUCUCGGUGGUACUGGAGAUGAGUUCUGCUCCCCAAAAAGAAUCCAAAGGCUCAUUGCCUUGGGGAUGCUGAAUGAUCAUCUGCCUUUGGAAGACGUAACUGAGAGAGCUGGCACAAUACAGAGGGUUUGGGAAAAAGACAAAAGCAAAGCAGUGAAACGUCUCCAAUGUUUGUUUGAGUUGAUUGAGGAACUGCCAGCCGACAAGAAAUCUCAUCAUUGGUCUUCACUGCAAAACACAUUAUUCAUCCCUGCAUUACUGCCAGUGAACAUGGAAUGCAACAAUAAUGUGACUGUUGCGUUGAAAAAGCCCAGUCAAGUGUAUCACUCCUCUUGCCGAAAUUUGGUAAAUAUGACAGAGUUUACUGUAGACCAUGAACACUUAAAGAUCCACGAAGACAACAAGGUCCUUGAGAAACUGGGUGUGCGUAAAGAACCACCACUUUACAUGGUGCUUCGGCAGCUGGAUGAAGCAUCUAGAUGUGAAGGGCAAGAUCAGUCCUUGUUCAGCAAAAUAGCACAUGACACCUACAGUUUUUUGAACGAGUGGCUAAAUAAGGAUGGUGAUCCAACCCAAAUUGCUGAAUUUGCCAAAUCUGUACCAUUCGUUUUUGUGGAGAACAAAUUUGUACAUGUUGGUUGUGUAGCAAAGGAUCAAGACUUUGAAGCCAAACCAUACCUCUGUGUACUUCCCACUAGCUUCACAAGAUUCAACACACUUUGGGAAUGUGUUGGCAUGCAGCAAAAUUUCACACCUCAGCAGUUUGCUACUGUGCUGCAUGAAAUAGAAAGCAGGUAUGGACCCAAUCCUCUUUCUGAAACAGAUCUUAAUAUCUGUCUUGAUAUACUCUGCAAAGGUCUUCUUAAGACUGAAGAUGCAGGUUCACAGAACUAUCUUGUACCUGAUGAAAACUCAGUGCUGAGACCCAGUUCCGAUCUUCAUUACAAUGACAGCCCAUGGAUGCCAGUUACAGCUGUUACUUUAUGCCACAAUCGAAUAUCAAGAGAAGUUGCACGCCACUUUGGCGUUAAAACAACAAGACACCAUACGCUACAAAAUCAUUUAGUCGAUGGAUUUCCAUUCUAUGCAAGAGAAUUCGCACAGCACGAGAACUUAACAGUUAGAAUCAAAAACAUCAUAGAUGCAUAUCCUUCCAAAAAGGACAUCAUUAAGGAGCUCAUUCAGAAUGCAGACGAUGCAGAAGCAACUGAAAUACACUUCAUCUGGGACAAAAGGAAACAUGGCACAGAAAAGACAUUUGACAAGAAAUGGAAUUCACUUCAAGGUCCAGCUCUGUGUGUCUACAACAAUAAGGUGUUCACUGAUACAGAUUUGGAAGGCAUUCAGCGGUUAGGAGAAGGCGGGAAACGUGAUCAGUAUGGAAAAACAGGAAAAUUUGGGCUAGGAUUCAAUUCAGUUUACCAUCUCACAGAUUGCCCUUCCAUACUAACAGAAGAUAAAUGGCUUUGCAUAUCUGAUCCACAUGUGAAAUAUUUAAAACUUGCAACAAAGCAAUCACCAGGAUGCAUGUUCAAAUUGGAAGAAGAAUUUAAAGAAUCCUUCACAGAUGUUUAUGAUACUUUUUUGCCAUCAGAUUUCAAACUUACCUCUGGAACUAUGUUCAGAUUCCCACUCAGAACUUGGGAAAUGGCCGGGGAAUCAGAAAUAUGUAAAAUGGACAUUACUGACAAUCAGAUGAUGGAUCUUCUGGAAGUGUUUGCUGAAGACUCAGAGGGCUUGAUCCUCUUCCUGAAGCAUGUCAAGAAAAUACAGUUCCAUACAAUAAGCCCUGACUCAAAUGAACUAUUGUCUAUGUAUACUAUCGAAAAAGAGUUGCCUGAGAAAAGCAAGAUGAGCAUAGCAAACUUCCAAUGUCAAGUUCAAAAUUCUGUGGUGCCCUGUGAGGUCAUCUACAGUGUGAUUGUUUCUUCAGCAGAUCAAAAAGGGCAAGGGAAAAGUCAGUGGGUCAUUGCAGAACAGUCCGGUCCUCACCAACCCAGCCCUACCAAAACCACAACUCCCAGCAAAAUGAUAUUGGAAUCAGAGGAUUCACUGACUCCACACACUGCUGUAGCAGCAUGCAUUAAGGCAAAGACUUCUGUACCAGAAUUUAUUGGGAAAUUAUUUUGCUCCCUCCCAUUGCCUGGGAGUACUGGGCUGCCAGUUCACAUCAAUGGGAAUUUUGAAGUUGACUCGUCCAGAAGAGGCCUAUGGAAAGCAGAUGAGGUCAGUACAAAAAUUGAGUGGAAUGAAUACCUCAAACUGGACAUCAUAUCACACCUGUAUGCCGAUCUUCUGAAACACAUACAGAUGACCAUUGAAACAGGAGAACAUCAUAGUGCAUUGCUUUUAGGAUCAAAGUUGGACUCGACCUAUCUGAAGUUUUUCCCAGUGAUCACAAGAGAUGUGCAAAAAGAGUGGCACACAAUGAUUAAUCAUGUUUACAAAUCCAUCAGUGAAAGGGAUCUCUCUGUGAUUCCCAUCCUGCACACUUCCCAAAAGGCAACAGCACAUCUGACUUCAAAAACAUCUCUCAUUGCACACAAUGACCUCAAAUACCAUGGGAACAUGAAAUGCACAGUCAUCUGGUCAAAUGUUUGCAAACAAAGUCCAGUGGAUUCUCCUCAUUUUAUGAAAGAGUUGAAAACUGCUGCCAUGCUCUCUGCAUUGGAAGAUCUAGGGCUAGGUGUGGUUCCUUGGUCUUACAGGAUGAUUGAGGUAUCUGAAGGUUUUAAAACUGCAGAUGUGAAAGUGAUGGAGUUGUGUCCUCACAAUGUGCGGGAAUACCUGAAAGAAAAACCUGUGAAUGAUGCACAGAAAACUUCAAAAGGGUUGCCCUUACCAUUAGACCAGACACUUCUGAAAAACAGGGAGCAAUUUGCCUUACUCCUGGAGUUCUGCAUGGAAGAUAUACAAGAAGAAAAUAUUAAAUGUCUUGAUGGACUUCCUCUGCUCCUAACUCAAGAUCAGAUGCUGAGUGUUUUUGACGGGCAGUCUCCAAAGCAGUUUUCUCAAUUUUGGGAAAUAUUCCAAGGACAUGGUGCAGUCUUUGCAGAUUACAAGCUGAACAGGAGUCACAGUGCAAAAUUACAACAAGGGGGAUACCUAGCAACACUGACAAUUCCAGUGGCAGCAAAACUCUUGAAACCAUUACUUGAGGACCUUGUUGAAAAGCCUGACAUUAAUCCACCUGAUUGGUUACGUAAACUGUGGGAGUUCUUUGAUUAUGAAAUCAGGUACAAGGCCUUAAACACGAAGGGUGAACAAGGAACCCAAUGCUUCAAAGAGAUUACUGAAGCAUUUAUUGACUAUCCCAUUGUACCCAUCAUUAUCCCCAGCCAGAAGAACAGACAAGGAUUGGAGACAUUGAGGAACCUUUCCUCUGUUGUCUGGGAGGAGAAAAAUCCCAUAACAUCCACACUUCUGAAAUUAGGCCUGGCGACACUUCAAACUAAUUUUUUUAUGGGAUUUUCCCAAGUGAGAGACACACAGCUGAGGCGCGGAGUCCUUAGAAUAGAUGACAGUUCUGCAGUUCUUGACCAGCUACUAAAGGUACCCCACUCCAGCUUCAAAAAUCUUGCUGGCAGUGAGCAUGAUGACCUUCUGCAAUUCCUUCAAGCUGGAGUGAAAGCAGCAGAAAACCCUCAGGAAUAUCAGAGUAAGCUCAGGUCAUUGCCCCUAUUUGAAACCGUACAGGGUUGGCGGCAAACCAUCAGUGGAAAUGGCAAUGUUUUCAUCUUGAAAAUAGAUCACGUGUACAAAUUCCCUGAUUUGUUUAACAUUGACACAGAUGAGAAUGUUUUUCUAAAGCACAGCAUAGUGAAUUCUUGCCUGUUAAAAAGCAUGAAAAUACCAAUCUUGACAGAUAUAGAUUUUUAUGUGAAGUUCCUGUUACCAUCCUUGCACAGGCUCACACAUCCUCAAAUACUUGACUGCGUUAAACUGCUGUUGAUCUUGAAAGAAAGCAGUGCAUACGACUCUUUCAAAGACCAGAUCAUUAGAAAACUUGGAGGUAUCCCGUUCAUCCGAAACAUCCAUGGGACUCUUCAGGUGGCUUCAUACUACUUUAGUGAAAAACAGAGUAUCUACAAGGCCAUGCUUCCUCCUGAGAAAUUUGUACCAUCAGCAUUUUGGGAAUUAUUCAAGCGUGAAAAACAAACAAGACAGCUUCUAAAGGACCUUGGACUGAAACACGCAGUGUCAGAAGCUGACAUAAUUGAAUUUGCCAACAUGAUUCAGUCAGAUGCAAAAAAGAAAGUCAACCUAAAGGAACUGCAAAGGAAAUCCUCAGCUUUGUUCAAGGAAGCAUUGUCAUUUAACCACAAACAUAAAAAAUCCAACUUGUUAAAGCAGAUGGCAAAUAUCAAGUGUCUCUUUCCUGUACAGAUUCAGAAAGAACUGUGUGAUUACCAUAAACCCUUUGCUGGGGAAGGAGAUCUGGUUUCAAUCAAAGGGUCGUUGCUUGAAGGAAGCACUGACCAGCACCUUAUUUGGUCUUCCAUGCCAAUUAUCCAGGCAGGUGAAUUUUCUCGAUCUGAUGUUGUAGAGUUAAUUGGAGCAGGGGCUCUUGAUCAACCACCUUCAGCGUUUGUGGCAAAACAUUUGAGCAAUACAUGUCUGUCAAGAUGUCAGGGUGAAAACAUGAUGGCCAUCAGAAAAAAGGUAUUCAUAAAAUCAUACGCAUAUUUGCAAUCAAAGGAUUUCGAUGGAUCGCAGCUCCAGGGCUUGCCAGUGGUUCUUGUUGAAAAUGAAACCGUUCUUGUGAAGGCGAGUCAAGUGGUGUUAAGUCUUGACAACCACAAGGAUUUCAGACCCUAUCUGUUUAAAAUAAAUCCAAAACUUGCAAUAUUUGCUGAGUUUUUCAAGAAGAUAGGGGUGACUGAAAGACCUACAAUAAUGCAGUACAACACGGUCCUACAGGACAUUUACAUGGACUCAAAGGACAAAGAAACUCUCAAUCCUAAUCAGCAGGGGGCACUCAAACGGGUUGUUCAGAAUUUGUUUCAGCUGAUCAGUGAUCAACCUAAAAAAGCACAAUCUCUUGAGAAGCUGUAUUUGCCAUCUUCGGAUGGCAAACUAUACCAGUCAAAUGACCUGUUCUUCAAUGACACCAGCUUUCAAACAGCAAGACUUGAACACUCCCUGAUAGACAAACUCGGCCUCCUCAUGAACUUGGGUCAUUGUUACCUUAAAUCUGACCCAUACGAACAUCAGAGGUUGUUGCAGUUGUUGCCUUCAAAUAUCCGCCCAGCAAUGUUGUCAAGUGUCAUCUCUGAAAGACUUGUGCAAUCUAGUAAGAAAUUAUGUGAAUAUGGGAAGAACUGUGACUUCAGUGGUUAUUUUGAGAGACGGCUAUCAUCAAGUCUAUUUUCACAUGGCCUUACAUGUUUAAUCAGGCAACAAAGUAAUGGCAAAAUUUCUCAUGCAGCUGCAGUUGAACAAUGCAAAAAUACCUUUGGAAGACUUCAAAUCACCUGCUGUGAGAACCUUGCUACAGAGCUUUUUCUGGAUGAGGAGCAACUUGCUAACACUGCGUCUGACACACAAGUGUAUGUCUCAAAAGAGGCAGAAGGUUGUACUUUCUAUCUUAAACACAGUGAUGAUGGAAGGGCUCCUAAGAUCAUCAACGAGGUGACCAUGACAAUCUGCCAAGAAAUUAACUCUUUGCUGCGGAAUUGUCUCUGCUCUAAGUUCAUGCAAGUUUUAGCUCAGCUUCUUUUAUGCGAAUCAAUGGAGGACGUUGAAAAAGCUUUGGAAAAGGGGGCAAUCCGUAAUUGUGACAGCAUAGCGGAAGGGUAUCAAAACCCUGACCCUGGGAGUCCCAUACCAGAGGAAUGGUAUGAUGCCCUUGACAUGAACAUUAUGAACAACUAUGAAAUGGGUGAAUAUGUUGGCUUCAAAAAGACAUCAGAAGAUGACCACUACUAUUAUGCAGUAGUUACUGAGCGGUUAGACAAAGGAGACAAAAAAGGCUAUUGCAGAUACAAAAUACAGAUUGGCAUUGAUGAGUUUGUGGAGGUAACCUCCUUUGAUCUUUACCAGUUUAAACGUGACAAGACAGCUGCACCUGUUCAAAGUGUUUCCAGGGAUGUGGAGUUAUUGAAUGGAGGAGCUGGACCAUCAACUGAAAGGGACUUUCCCAACAAUUUUGAAGACAUCAAAAAAGAAAUAGAUCAGCACUUGAAGGAAAUUUGGACUCUAACGAAAGAUGAACAACACAAAGCCAUUCACCGCAUGUAUCUUCUGUGGCACCCAGACAAAAACCCAGGUCAAAAGGAGCUUGCCACCGAGGCAUUUAAGUACUUGAAGAACAGAAUUAAAGAAUUUCAGCAAAAUGGACACAGUCACUCAUCUUCAGACAAUUUUAGAGGACAAAAUGGGAAUGAAACGUCAAAUUGGUCAUGGGAUUUUGAGGAAUUCUUCUCUAGAUGGGAUUCUGAGGCAUCACGUCACCACCAAGGGAGACAGAGGUUUUACCAGAACAACCGCAGAUCCCAAUAUGAUUUCUGGUCUUUCCACCCGGACAUGCCGAGACCUGACAAAGACGAAGCCAAGCGCUGGUUUUUGCAAGCCCAGUGUGAUCUAAAUGCAGCUCAACACGACACAGGAGGAGGAAGCACAGAGUGGUGUUUGUUCAAAAUCCAUCAAGCUGUGGAGAAGGCUCUCACUGCAGCAGAGUACAGGGGGUGUGGAAAACGCUCUACCAACUGUUCUAUUUCCAGUCUGGCUCAGGUAGUGUCAGGCUACAACCCUCUGCUUCAGGAUUUACCCCGUCUUGUGAAACGCCUUAAAGACUUGGGUGUGGAUGCAAAAACAACACAGUAUCCUAAUUACCAUCCUUCUCCUAAGAUUCCAAAUAAUGCAUUCCAGCCAGAACAUGAAGAAGAAGCUCUAGAUAUUGGAUUGGAACUUCUACAAAAAGUGGGCACAUACUUAACAUAGAUGAGUACUUUUAAGAAUU